AUCCGAGCGCCGAUCAGCUUCUAAAUCGAUGGUAAGUGGCUGAUUAUGGUUUUGCAUGUUCGAUUUUCUGGGUUUUUAUUGGAUUUCGGGUUCAAGGUUCUAAUAUUAUUCUCAUUUUUAUUUUUGGGUUCGAUCGAGGGGAGAAAGGAGAGAUAGAUAUCGUCGGCCGGCGAGGCUAUCCGACGACGGUGUGAGAAGGGAAAGGUCGACCGUCAAACUCUAUUUUCUGUGAGUCUUCUCGUCGCAUUAUGUGGGUUUUCAAAGGGUUUCGGUUGUGUAUAUUUCUGACUUUGAUGGUUUGAUUUGCAGGUUUCGGAGGUGGCUUAGAUCUAGGUGAGUUUCUCCUAAACUCUUAUUUUGGUUUCGGUUAACCUGUGGUAUCUAAUUAGGUUAGGAAAUUUUGUGAUUGAUGCUCUUGAGUUGGGAUUGGGGUCUAGCGUUUUUGGGUGAUUUGGGUAUGAAUAUAUGACUUUGAGAUUUGGGGGAUGAUGGUUGUGUUGGUCUGAAUCUGGUGUUUGAGGUUUAUUUGGUGGAUUUUGUAGUAAAUCGAUGGUUUGUGAGCUUAAGAGGAUUGGGGAUGGUAUGGCCAAUUUUUAUUCCAUACGCAAAAUGAAAGAAUUGAAAUAUAACAUAUACAAAAGAAUAGUAAAUAACAGAGAGUAAAUAGCAUAAUAAAUAAAUAUUAAUUAGCUUAACGUAAAAGCAGAGAUAGUUAUAGGUUAUUAUGACUAAAUAGUUAGUAAAGUAAACGUGCUUGAAAUAAGUAGAUAAUUGGAUUGAAAAUAAAACAAAGUUGAAUGGAAGAGCUGAUAAUGUAAAUGAGAUUGGUGAAGUUUGAAUUGAUAAGUUGUGAUUUUUUUUUAAAUCAAUUUGGUCAUAUUGUAGUUUGAUUGGAGUUUAUUGAUUUUUCUCCUUCGAAAUCAUGAUGAUAGUAACGAUGGCAAUAAUAACAACAGUAAUGGUGUAGUGGACAAGAAGAAAAAAAAGUGGUAAAAGAAGUUAUAUUAUUAGAAAUGGAUGAUGAUGAACCUGAAUUGUAAACAUCACACCUUGUUGGGCUUAUGUUUGCUUAAUCUCUGCUUCUAUUGCUUCUAUUUUUACAGAAAAUAAAGAGGGAAAAAAAGUGUGUUGUAUUUUGCUCUCUAUUUAGCACUUUCACUCUCUAAACUUGCUAAGAAGAAGAAAAAGAGAACUCUUGAACUGACUGAAAUAUAGAAAAGACAGUGUUUCCCCCGUAUUUUCCCCUUCAAAAGCUGUCCCUGGUUCUUGAAAAUUGAGCCUGCUUUUAUAGAAAAAGGAGGCGGUGGUUUCUGGGUUCGGUCGGACCAGUUCUGGUUCGACCGGUCCGUCUGUUGGUUUGGGUCGUUGGGCUGGUUCGGAUUGCUGGCCCAUUUUGCCUGAUCUGGUCCAAAGUGGUUUUAAUGCUUGGGCUUGAAAUGUGGGUUGUGAUCUUCUGGACUUGUCUUGGAUCUGGGCCUGAAUAGACUGUCUCCUUUCUUCUUGCAGGAUUAUGGCAGAUGAAGUAAGAGUGCGCUUCAAAUAUCAAGUUUUAAUUUGUAACUAUAAUGAUGUUGUAUAAGUGCAAUUUUAUGCAGUAAUUCAUAUUUGUAACUUGUUAUUUUGAUUGUAAUUGUAAUUUAGUAAUAAUUUUAAUAACAAGUUCUUCUUUAUUUUUGUUGUUAUUAUUAUUAUUAUUAUUAUACUUGUGUUGUGCCAAAACCCGAGAUUGGAUUUGAUUUUACAACAACAUAUGAUCAAACGAAAGUCCGCUAUUUGAUCUACUAGAAUCGAAUUCAAAUAAAUUGAACGAAAUGGCCACUCUUAUUAUCUUACGACAUUUCGGGAUUAAGUUAGAAUUUUUUGUUGAGUAAUUGACCCGGACAAAAUGGGGUGUCUACAAACUACACAAAAACAUUGAAUCAAUAGCCAAGAAAAAAAAUGAUUUUUUUUUAUCUUAAAACAUAAAUUCCAACAUGCAUGAAUAAUUUUGACACCAUAAAUCUUAGUAAAUAAUAAAGAUACAAAGUCAAAGCAUCCCAACUUGCACCAUAACAUUAUGAACAUUUACAUAAUGUCAUAUGGAGACACGAUCGUCUCUACUCACUGGUAAAAUGCGGUCAUAUAUGAAGAAGGGGACGAGAUUCUUAAAAUUAAGAUUGAGACUCGGGUAUCGAUGUGGGAGUUGGGAGAGUGGUCGAGUGGGCUGCUAACACGUAUUGAGAAGUCAACUAGGCCCAUAGGUGUCAAAACAGAACCCGAUCGGACUAACUCGCCCGAUCAACUCGAUCCGUAACCCGACCACAACCUAAAUUGACUAAAAGUCAACAACGCGUAACCCGCCAGACCGCAAUCCGAUUGACCCGCAACACGACUAACCUGCAACUCGACUGACCUGCAACCCGAUUAACCCGAACCCGAUUGAUCCGCAACCCCAUUAAACCUGCAACUCGAUUAAUCCAAACCUGAUUGACCUGAACCCACUAACCCGCAACCCGACCGACUCAACCCGAACUUCAUCUAAUCCACUUGAAUAAUUAUUAUAUUAUAUAAUACAUAGUUUUUCAAAAUAAAUUUUUCAUUCUAAACUUAGGUAAAAUUAUUUCUUCAUUUCGUAUAGGAAAUUUAAAAAUAUGAAACUCACUUAAUAUUAUGUAUUUUGAGAAAAUUACAAAAUUGGAACAUGAAGGUCACUUGAAAACUAAGUUCUUUAACAAUAUUAAAAAAGUAAAUAUGAAAUAUAAAAGCAGCCCAAUGUGAAUAUUAAUAAUGAAUAAUUAAUAACUGAGAUCAUGGACAAUAUUAAUAUGAUAUAUAAAUUAAAAUUUUGGUUAAUUUAACUAUCCAAUAAAGCUAUCAAUUAAAUAUAAAUAAAGUAAAUCAAUGUAUUUGGUAAUUUGAUACUUUUAAAAUAAUAGGAUAAUUUUGGUGUGUUAAAAUAAUAGGAUACUUUUGAUUAUAUAAGAGAAAUAAGGAGGGAAAUUUUUCAGUUUUCAAUGGAAGGAAGAAAAGAAGAGGAAAAUUUAGUUCUUCAAAUGAAAGAGAAAAGAAGGAAAAUUUGGUUCUUUGAAUUUUAUAGAAGAGAAAGGGAAGGGAAAAUUGUCUGUUUCUAAUUUAUAGAAGGAGAAAGAAGGAGGAAAAUUAUAGUAUUUUAAUUUUUUUGUGAAAAAGAAAGAAGAAAACAAAUAUGGUGUUUACAACAAUCAUUUAUUUUAGAAAAAUUCACUUAAUUUGUCUACUUGUUUUCUAUACUUCUACAUUUAUAGCAAUUUCAACAAUACAUGAUUGUCAUUUUACAGCAAGUUAGUAAAAUUGGCGUACAUUUAAGUUGUGUUCAAGUUGAACUUUCAUUUCAAAAUGGGUGUUAAACUUGGCCUGUUAAGUGUUAAGUCUUACGAUUGCAAUAACUCAGUCGGGUUGCGGGUUUGAAAAUUUUGGUUAAUCGGGUUACAGGUCACUUUUGAAUGGAAAAUGAGAGGGAGGUUUGGAUGGGAACUUUGGAGUGAAAAUUUAUGGGCGGGUGAAUAUGAGCCAACCAUUAUACUAAACUUGAUAAGUAAUUUUUGACGGUUCGUUGUUCAGGGUAUAAAGUACAUGGUUAGGGUAUAGGUUAUAAGGUACAAAUGGUUUAGGGUGUAUAUGGUUAGGGUAUAAGGUAUUGAUGGUUUUGACGGUUCUAAGUUUUUUAUUAACAUAUAUUCACUUGAAAUCAUUUAAAAUCUUUAACUGCAAGAGAUCCCUUUUUAAAUUUAUGUUUAUGGUACGUGGCUAGGGUACAAGGUAUAUGGUGUAGAGUAUAUGAUUUAUGGUUAUGGUAUAACAAAUAUCACUUUUUUAUCUAUGUUUCAAAAAUCAAAGUAUGAAUUCACUUGCAUAGCCAUAACUUUUGCGGUUUUGACAAUAAUAGCCACUUUUCAAAAAAUACACAGUUGUAGCCACUUUUUGGAAACUCGUUUGACAAAAUUAGCCAUUUUUGUUUAAAAAUUUAACACCGUUAACACGAUGUUUAUGUGGAUGCCAACUCAUCUCCCACAUCAGCUGCAACAUACCAGGUCAUGCCCCAUGGCUACCACAUCACAUUUUUAAUUAAAAUAAAAUAUUUUUGAAUUAAAAUAAAAAAAUGAAAAUGAAUCCAAUACCCAAUCCCACCCAGGGGCGGAGCCAGAGCAGGCCAAGGUGGGUCGGCUGCACCAUCUUGGUUUUGCAACACCUGGGCAAGUAAUAGGCUUUUCAGUUCUGCAGACUUUGUUUUUUGUUUAUAAUUCAUACUCUGUUCUUGGUCGAAGCUUGUAUAAGUAGCUGCUUUGAUCGAAUAACAUAAAAAGGAAGCUUGCUUUUGUGUUUUAUCAAUACAUCGACGUUUUAAAAUUACUUUAAUUGACGUGAAAGUGGGCUUACAUGUUACAUAUCACUUUAAUCCUUAUUUUUCUUUGAGCUUGCUACAAAAAAACGAGUUUCUCUCAGGUUUGUGGGCUUAAGUUUAACUUUAGUGGCCCAUUAGCUUCUCUUUACUACACGUUUUUUACAAUAACUCAAUUAAGGUUAGCUUAGUAGUUAGGUCAUAUAUGAAGUGGACAUGGGCUAUUAGUGCAUAGGCAACAAUUUGUAGUACGUAGGUUAGUAAGUUAAUUGGGACUUGGGAGUCUGUCUCUUGGAUGUUGUUGAUUUGGGUAGGUUUACUAGAACGGUUUGGCGGUUGUUAGGUUUAAACAUUAGGUUAUUUUGGCAAAAUACACUUGUAUAGCCAUAAUUUUCACGUUUGUGACAAAUAUAGUCAUAAUUAUUCGAAAACCAAAAAUAGCCAAUUCCGUCCAUCUCUUUAACGGUGUUACUUAACAAUCUGACUGUACUGACGGAAUAUGCUGAAUUGGCGAUUUAUGAUCCCCACCAAGCCGAUGUGGAUUAAAAAAAAUUAAAAUAUAAAAAAUUAUUAUUUAUCUAAUAAUUUAGUUUAAAAACAAAACAAAAAAUUGCAAUCUUAUACCCACCGCCCAUCUUUCUCCCAUCUUCCUCCUACAGUACAUCUUCCCCAAUUCAAACCCAGAUCCUCCCCUGUUCUCACCUUCCUCUCUCCCUCUCUCUUCUUUCCUCUUCCGCUACGAACAACGCCUCCCCUCUCUUCUCAAUUCCAGAUCAUCGCUUCCCCCCACAAACUCAAUCCACACCGCCAACAGACAAAGAAGGCGGCGGUUGAAACCCAAACUCGACGCCGCCUCCGCGCCCAGACCCAAGUCCGAGUUCUCAGCAACAGAUUCAUCAAACUCUUCCCCGGGUGUCAGAUCUGCAGUGGCGGGGCUUCUUCCUCGUCCAGCUCUGUUUGCCCUUCUCUCGCCUCCCGCUUCAUGUUGUGUUCCCCUGCAAUCAGAAAAAUGGAACCAACCAAAAACCCAAGAACCCAUACCCUCCCUAUGUAUUCAAAAACACCAACCAACAACUACAACAAGGAGUCGAGAGAUUCUCCACCGCCACUCUCCAACACAAUCUCGAACAAAUCCGCCUCCGCCUCCUCCUUUCUUUCGGCCACCACCAUUAUUGCUACACGAAUACCUCUGUGAAAUAUGGUUUGGUGGUUGCUGAAGCAAACGACGGAUCUGGGUGACCGGAACCUUUCAAUCGGCGACGUGGUGAGGAACGCCACCAGCGAGAAAAUUUCAAUCGGCGACCGGGCACUUCCAAACGACGACAAGAAGCCUCCAAUCGGCGGCGGGCAGCACUUCGAUAUCCAGCACCGCCGUUCCUUUGAAGUCUCUCGAAACCCUAAAAUGAUUUUUGGAAUUGGAAUUGGAGGUGGAGCAGAGGGAUUGAAGCAGAUGGUGGCCUCAAAAGGAUUUGGGUUGGGGGCAGCUCAACUACUUGAUUUUUGUUAGCAGUAGGGCAAGGAAAGGAAGGAUAAAUGUAAAAACAAUGGAGCAGAGGGAUUUGGGUUUCUACCAAACAAAAAAAAAAGGGAUUUGGGGUUUGGUUUGGGGAGCAGAUUGUCUCCUCUAAUUGAUGACGGCGACGACGAGUGGUGGGAGAGGAGAGAGAAUGAAAAAAUAUUAUAUGAUUUUAUUUAUUUUUAAAUUAAAAUAUGACGUGGCA